GGAAGACGAGGUUGACCACAUGGCAGACCUGUUCAUCAGGAAAUUCAGGAGGCAGAUAAUAUUGCAGAAGCAAGAAUCACUCAAGAGGCUGCAGGAAAUGCAGCAGAGUGGUGCAUGAACAACAUACUGGGUAAGGCGGUUCCCAUUGAAUUUCGAAACGAAUUCUUGCCAUGAAUCCUUUGCGCGCUGCAUUGUUGUUACCCGAGGAUCAAAUUCCAGGCUUCGCGCUUGAGGAAGUAUCCCGCGGGACCGACGAUUUCUGUUUUCCUCAACCCUAAAAUGUAAAGAAAACAGUUCAGGCGGAGUUCAAUUUUUCGAUCUGACAUUAUUCUCGAUUGUCUUUCUGCGAAGUGGGAUCUUAUUCAAAGCAGACCAUAUGGGUUGCCUGGACACUGAUCAGGAUAACCCAUCUCAAAGUUCAGCGCUGGCAACUGAUGGUGAUGCACCCACUGAUGCAGGAGAUGAUGUCAAAUUGAGUUCUAGGGACCAAAGAGAAGCUCUACCAGGUGAGCCCAAGUGUGUCCUAUGUGGCCGCUAUGGUGAGUACAUAUGUGAUGAAACGGAUGACGAUGUGUGCAGCUUGGAAUGUAAACAGAAACUACUACGCAGAACUGACCCAUGUCCUACUGUCACUCGUUCGUCUAAGAUUGUUGCUGCAACUGAUGAGUGCUUUUAUGUUAGAGAGAAUGAUUAUGAAUCAGGUACUUCAUCUAGAGAUGACGCUGAUAUGCUUAGAAAGAAACUCAACAUUAAUGUGAAGGGUGAUGUAGUAGGACCAAUAUUGUCAUUCACGGGUUGCAACCUUCCUGAUAAGCUCCUCCACAAUAUAGAAGCUGCAGGAUAUGACGUGCCCACACCUGUCCAGAUGCAGGCAAUCCCAAAUGCUUUGAUAGGCAAAAGCAUGCUUGUUUUGGCUGAUACAGGAUCUGGAAAGUCUGCUUCAUUUUUAAUUCCAAUAGUUUCUCAUUGUGCAAGGCAUCGUCUUGAGCAUGUUUCUGAUAAGAAGACGCCAUUAGCUAUAGUGUUAACACCUACGAGAGAGCUCUGUAUUCAGGUUGAAGAGCAUGCUAAAUUGCUUGGAAAGGGAUUACCUUUUAAAACUGCACUUGUGGUUGGUGGUGAUGCCAUGGCUAGGCAGCUCUAUCGCAUUCAACAAGGAGUAGAACUGAUAGUAGGAACUCCGGGAAGGCUGGUUGAUCUUUUAACAAAGCAUGAGAUUGACUUGGAUGAUAUGACGACAUUUGUUGUAGAUGAGGUGGACUGCAUGCUGGAAAGGGGUUUCCGUGAUCAGGUCAUGCAGAUAUAUAGGGCUAUGGCCCAGCCUCAGGUCUUGAUGUAUUCUGCAACAAUCUCUCAUGAGUUAGAGAAGAUGGCAAACUCUCUGGCAAAAGAUACUGUGGUUAUAUCUGUUGGUGAGCCUAAUAGACCAAAUAAGGCUGUGAAGCAACUAGCUAUUUGGGUUGAGUCAAAGCAGAAGAAGCAGAAACUGUUUGACAUUUUGGUUAGUAAGCAGCAUUUUAAGCCACCUGUGGUUGUGUAUGUGGGGUCUAGACUUGGGGCAGAUCUUCUGGCCAAUGCCAUUACAGUCACCACUGGAAUUAAAGCGCUGUCAAUUCACGGGGAGAAGUCUAUGAAGGAAAGGAGAGAAAUAAUGAGGUUCUUUUUAGUAGGUGAGGUUCCAGUGGUUGUGGCGACUGGAGUUUUGGGUAGUGGGGUUGAUCUAGUAGGCGUAAGACAGGUAAUUGUGUUUGACAUGCCUAAUUCAAUUAAGGAGUAUGUACAUCAGAUUGGAAGGGCGUCUAGAAUGGGAGAGGAAGGUCAAGCCAUAGUUUUUGUGAAUGAGGAAAAUAAGAAUGUCUUUGCAGAGUUGACUGAAGUCUUAAAAUCUACCGGAGCAGCUGUGCCUCGGGAGCUUGUCAACUCACGAUAUACCAAGGGAUUUUUCUCCGGUGGCAAAGGUAAAAUGUUGGUUUAAUCCAUCAAUCCCAGCCAGAGAUUGCUAAAAUUUUGACUCAGGCUUGUGUUUCAUGGUACGUAAAGCUUCUGCUGAGACAAUCACGUUACCCUCCUUUUCCCCGUCAGACAACGACGUUGGAAUUGGACACGCAAGAAAAGAAUGGGAGAAAACUUGUCAAGGGUUAAACUUCUAUGUGGAAAGAGUGUGCUAAAGCUGCGGCUUGUAGCUUGUAACUUGUAAGGAUCUUAUGGUAGAUAUGGAACCUCGACUCUACACCACUACUCGGGAAUCACGAAGCGAUGUCAAGUAUUUCCUAACAAGCAAGUCAAAGUGGGGCUAGUUCCGAAUCAUCCGGGAGAAAAGUUGCGCGUCUUCAUUCAUGUCUGGGCGACUCUACCCGAUUUUGACAGAUCUGUUAGUUCUUGCGUUUCUCUUUCUCAGAACCCGCGGAAUCCAACAACCUUCUCAAAUCUCAACUGCCAACCAACGGCAACCACGUCGCUGUCUUUUCUAUUACAGUUGAUCAUCCUAAUUUUGGGCAAAGCUUAUGUCUAUAUUUUUAUGAUUUAAAUGAAAAAUGAACAAUCACUUUUCAUCGCGUCAUCACCCGUACAAGACAGAUUAGAGUCUAAGAUUUUGUGUAUGAUGCGUCGAACUCAGUGGGUCUUAAUUGCAGCUAAGAGUAUAGCGUGAAUUUGAAAUAAUUAAACAUCUCUUCUUGGUA